CUUCAGUCAUUAUGCGGCUUUCAUGAGCAGCGCAACGAAGUGGCACGGUACGUCACAGAACAUUACGCCACGUGGCAGAACUACGUAAAGAGCUGCGUAACGCGACACGUGUGGGUGAAGCAAAAUAAAACAAUAAAACGGUGCAUGGAAAUAGCAGAAAAGCGAAAUCAAGCUGCUGCCACGAAGAUCACCGAAUUCUAAUCAAUUAUAGAAUUUCAUUGGAUUAAGAGAACAAUUAAACAUGAGCCACGUGGUGUGUCCGUUAUCCGUCAAUGGCCUUAUGCUGUGAGUUCUGUGAUUGUGCCCGACUGAAGCGUUGAAGCCUUGAGCAAUGGCAGCGCCCACUUCAAUCAUGGAAAUCCUCGGCUGCCUGUCCCUGCUGCUGCUCGUGCUGCUCGUCAGGAGCGGCUACUGCAUAGACUGCUUCAAGUGCAUCUCGUAUAAUGGGGCCAACAAGGCGUGCGAUGAUCCGUUCCACAACAACUACUCCACGGCCAUACUCGAGUCGCCCUGCAUGGGUGGGCGCAAGGGCCGCGAUGGCCUCUUUCCGGCCACGGCCUGCAUUAAGAUCGCCGGCUAUUAUGAUGACACCGGCGAAACGAUAACGGUGCGUGGCUGUGCCCUGGACAGCGGCACCCUCACCACAGACACCGAGUUAAUUCGCAUGUCGCACUGUGGAAAGUUUUACUACGAUAAUAGAUACGUGCAUGGCUGCCUGCAGAGCUGCAGCGAUGCGGAUGCCUGCAACACGGCCACGUCGCGGCGGCAGCAUCCAGCGAGGGUGGAGGCGCUGAUGCGGCACCUGCUUAGCAUUGCGGUGUUGCUGGUGGCAGCUGCAAGGUAGCAAUAGAAGUGGCAACCAUAACGAUGUGCCAGAUGUGCUGGCAAAGACCCCAUAAAUGUUGAGCAGAUAUUGGAAAAAUGAAGUGGAAAAAAGAGCGUGGAAAAGCAUUUAAUAUAAUUCUGCGAGCUGCGAGUGGAAAUAUCUUUUCUUUCCCCCCUUUUGGUUUGGCAAUGCCGAUGCGCCCCACCACCCCUACCUGCAUGUCAUACCUCCUCACACUCUUCAAACAACAAAACAAAAAAAAAACUCUCUCAGUGUCUAGGAUUGCACCUUAUAAUAAUUGCACCAGAGCCACGACCACAGCCACAGUCUGAGUAAGGAGCAGCGCAGCAAGGACACGCUCGAUACCGCACAGCGUGGCCCAUGGAGUGCAUAUUUUUUAUGGAAUUUCAUCAAGCAAUUAUGUGAUUUUUAAACGAAAUGAAUGAAUACUCAACAACUAUCUAACAAUAACUGUAUUGAACACAAAGCGCAGAGAGUCUUGUAUGCUAAAAGCAUUCGCGGAGUCCAAAUCAAAGGCACAACCAAAUGCGAUCUUAAUUCAAAUUCGAAUUGCAAUUAUUUUUAGCUUCUAAGCAAAACGAAAACUAGAUUUUAACGUGCUAUCGCUGCUAAGUUUCACAAUUAACGCGGGUGGCAAAACGCAAAGCAAAAUGUUUUUUCAAUUUAUAUGCGAGUGCGUUUGGAGUAUUUUUCGCCUCCCUAGAUGACUAUUGUAAAUACAUAAACGUAAUGAAAGCAAAUUGAAAUUAAUUUGUUACAAUGAACGCUGAAUUUUAGGCCAGAUUAAUAGAUUAAAAAACAAUUGUGUAUAAAUAAAUUAGUGGGCUGCAAGGUGCAAGGGAAAACUGCGAACCAGCGAACACAGAGAGCUAGGAAUUUGUACCAAAAUAUUAUCAAUUUACCAAGAAACAGGGAAACUAUUUCAUUCAAGUGGGUCACUUUCCGUCUCACGUAAUACCUUUUACCCAUAGGCAUACCCUAGUGUAUGCCGGCUUAUGCACACGCCUUAAAUCAAGCCAUAAAAGCUGGUCAUAAAUUACA